AAUAUCACAGCAUAUAUAGAUAUUUACCCAGAUAUACAAUAUACAGUACAUUCUCUCAAAAAGCUUUUAUUAAUUUUUUUAUUAUUAUUAUUUUUUUUAACUACUCAUCGUCAUCUUCAAUCAAGCUUCAUCAUCCAAAAUCCCAGUCCAGAGCACAAAGGAGCUUACUACCGCAAGGCCAACAGCACCACUAGAACCAUCCCACAAAUAUCCACUAAGUACCAGUUGCUCUAUGUGGAGGUGCCUAGUGAUUCCACUUUUGCAACUAUUGAGACUUCUUCAAAUGCAGUAAGCGGAAAUAUCUUUAAUCUUACAUAACCUGAUAUAAAUGUGAGCUUCAAUUGGAGGUACCCUGGUCAGGAUCAGAGGCCAGUGAUCAUUCAUGACUCUUGGAGGUUGAGAAACCGAGGUGUGGGACACAGCACACGCAUCUCCCAGAGCGUCAUGAUUGUUAAGGAUGCUGAAACAAUUGACUUUGGAAAAUACAUCUGCAGAGUCAAAAAUAAGAAUGGAGAGACACCAGUGGCUAAAACGGUGAAGUCGGUCAAUAGUUUCUCCUCAGAAGACAAUAUAGGAGAACAUAAGGAUUAUAUAUUGUGCUGAGCUAGACUCACAUGAAUUCACAUUUCAGGCUUCUUGCUGCUUGAUUCACAUUUUAACCAUUCUAAAUCUAUUUUAAAUAUG